UCAAGAAGCAACACAGAAUGAGGUUGGGAUUGGGACACACAGGGUGCGAUUUUAAAUUCAGAUAGGAAGGAACAGAUUAUGCACCCGAGCUGAGCGUCUCGUAUCUCAUAUGUUGAGGUUGCGGGUGAAGUCUCUUCUCCGUUUUAAGACUGUGGUUUUUUACUUUUGGAUUGCAAUCAAAGUUCUUGCAUCUUCAAUCCAUUUACAGGUGUUCACCCAGAUGAGCAUGUGAUCCAUGUGGAGUAUUAUUUCUCACUCAGAGGUUCUUGAAUUGAAUAAUAAAGUAUAUUUGGGACGUCGUGUUCGAGUUUUUAUUGCUAAAGGAAAGGGUCAAUAUACCUCCAAUAGAAGUAAAUGAGCUGCCGGCAUGGGACUCCCAGACAUACUGUUCAUCAUCAUUGUGCUUUGUGGUAACAAUAACCUUAUCAGCUACAAGAUAAGCCGAGUAGAAACCAACACCGAACUGCCCAAUCAUGCUCACGUCAGCACCAGCAGCCAGGGCUUCCAUGAAUUCCUUGUUCCCAGACCUUGCAAUAGUGCCGAGGUCAUGGAUGUUCCACUGCCACUGGAUAAAUUGGCUUUAGAUUUGAUUAAUAAUGAGUCCUCCCCUGCAAACACGAGCAACAACAAGAUAUAUGUAAUUCUGGUGGCAACUGGAAGCUUUAAUCCACCUACUUUCAUGCAUUUACGCAUGUUUGAGCUUGCAAGAGAUGCAUUGAAUUCAGAUGGCUACUGCGUAAUUGGAGGUUACUUGUCUCCUGUGAAUGAUGCAUACAAGAAAAAGGGCCUAAUAUCUGCUGAACAUCGAAUACAAUUAUGUCAUUUAGCCGGCAAAAGUUCAGAUUUGAUAAUGGUUGAUCCAUGGGAGGCAAGUCAGAGCACAUAUCAACGCACUUUAACUGUUCUCUCUAGAGUCCACAAUUCAGUUUGUGAGACAGGGUUGGUAUCUCAAGAAUCCCUCAAGGUCAUGCUUCUUUGUGGUUCUGAUCUCCUUCAUUCUUUUAGCAUUCCUGGAUUCUGGAUUCCUGACCAGGUUAAAACUAUAUGCAAAGAUUAUGGAGUAGUCUGCAUUCCCAGGGAAGGACAAGAUGUUGAAAAGACUAUAUUUAAAGAUGACAUUCUGAAUGAGAAUAAGGAUAAUAUCAAAGUUGUGAAUGAACUUGUUCCAAAUCAAAUCAGCUCAACCAGAGUAAGGGAUUGCAUUGCAAGAGGACUAUCUAUAAAAUACCUUACCGCGGAUGAAGUGAUUGAUUAUAUCAGAGAGCAACAAUUAUACUUGAACUAAUGAUAAAUGAUUACUACUGUUUUUCAUUACAUUCUGUAGACAUGGGUCUUUGCAAGAACCACUGCGCAUCGCUAUCCGAGCCAAUUUUCUAUAAACAGAUGAUUUUUCAUUUUUGUGUUGUAAAUUUGCAGAUAAAUAAAUAUUACAUAAUUUAUGUAAUCGAAUUGCAAAUACUUGAAAUUGCAACCUAAUGCCUUUAAGACUUUGGGUUAGAUGUAGUAUAUUAAGUUUAUUUGUUAAGGGUUGAUGGGGAUCUCUGCAAUUUGUUUGUGUAAAAAAAAUAAAAAUUGAGCCGGGGAUAUUCUUGAUUGGAGCCCUGAUA